AACUAUCAAAACCGACAAGAAGUUCUUCACAAGUAGUCGGCUAUGCAGGAAAACACCCAAUAAUAGGGAUAAAAGGAGUGGACAGCAGUAGAGACGAGGAAAAUGGACAUAAGUCAAACCGUUUCGAUCAAAGACCCAGUUACCUCGCAGACUGUGGUUCUUCUAGAAGAUGAUGGCAAAGAUUUGAGGGAUCAAUGUCCCCGGCAAUUCCUAGCAAUUGCAGAGCCCUGGAAUUAGACAAAUCCUGGCCGUUCAUUCGAAGAUCAAGGGCCAGUGACCACCACUACGGCCUCGUUCGUCACUAUGCCUCAUUCCUGAGCAAGUACCUCUCUCAUCACUCUGUUUCCUUUCUUCGGGUUUCAUCAACCCUUGCAAAUGGAGAUUGAUCUCUAUUCUAUUCUCUCUCCUUAUAAAGAGUAAAGACAAUAACGUUAAUCUCACCGUUGGCGUGAUUUUUCUUCUUUUUCACAAAGAAUCAUGCUAAUCGCGACGUCGUAUACGAAACUCACACGGAUCGUUGAUGUGACAAGAUUCACAGAAAUCAGAUUUCUAUGAGUGAGGGUCUGCUAAAAUCCGUUUUUUGCAUUGAGCUGAAUUGAAAUUUGGACGUAUUAUUCGCCCAGAAAACUGGUGUGAGUUGUUCUGAGUUCCAUUUGCGUUGUACUUCUUUCCUGUAUAUGUACACCGUUGCCACACAAAAUUGGUCGAAUACUGAACUGAACAGAGCAUAAUCUUAUCGUUGAGGUCGAUAAUGGAGACCUGGUUCAUCAUCAUCGUCUCCCUCUGUAUCGCAGCCCUUCUUAACCUUCUCGUCUUCAAGAAAUCCUCCGGAAAAAAGCAGCUCCCUCCCGGACCCUUCAACAUACCCAUCAUCGGCAACUUCUGUUUGCUUCGCAGGUCCUUCUCCGAGCUCGAGCCCAUACUCCGCAACCUCCACACCAAGUAUGGCCCCAUCGUUACUCUGCAUAUCGGCUCCCGUCUGGCUGUCUUCAUCGCCAACCGCUCUAUCGCCCACCAAGCCCUGGUCCAGAACGGCGCCGUCUUCGCUGAUCGCCCCCCCGCCCUCCCCACUGGCAAGAUCCUCUCCAGCAACCAGUGCAACAUCAGCUCCUCCUUCUACGGACCAACGUGGCGACUUUUCCGCCGAAACCUCACCUCCGAGAUUCUCCACCCUUCGCGUGUCAAGUCCUACUCUCGCGCGCGCAAGUGGGUAUUGGACAUCCUUCUCAACCGCCUUGAAUCUCACUCCACGACCGAAUCAGGCUUGGUUAACCCCGUCCGCCUGAUUGAGCACUUCCAAUACGCUAUGUUUUGCCUGCUGGUUCUAAUGUGCUUCGGGGACAAGCUCCUCGAGACCCAGAUAAAAGAAAUCGAAGCCAUCCAGCGUCGCCUGCUUUUAAGCUUGGGUCGCUUUAACAUGCUCAAUUUCUGGCCGAGGCUUGGAAAGAUACUAUUCCGCAAGCGUUGGGAAGAGUUGUUCAACCUUCGGAGAGACCAGAAUGCGAUACUAGGGCCUUUGAUAGAAGCGAGGAAGAGAGUGAAGCAAGAGAGGCUAAGCAAGGCAAAAGAGGAGGCCCCCCUGGAAGAUAAUGGUGAUAAUGAGUUUGUGGUGUCGUACGUGGAUACUUUGUUGGAUUUGGAGUUGCCGGAGGGGAAGAGGAAGCUUAGCGCGGAGGAGAUGGUCAGCUUGUGCUCGGAGUUUCUCAACGCGGGCACGGAUACAACGUCCACGGCGUUACAGUGGAUCAUGGCGAAUUUGGUGAAAUACCCCCAUGUCCAAGAGAAGCUUUGGGCAGAGAUAAAAGGGGUCGUCGGAGGGCAUGCAGGAAAGGAGGUGAAGGAAGAGGAUUUGCACAAGAUGCCGUACUUGAAGGCAGUGGUUUUGGAGGGCUUAAGGCGUCACCCACCAGCGCACUUCGUGUUGCCACAUGCUGUGACGGAGGAUGUCGUGUUGGAAGGCUACUCGGUGCCCAAGAAUGCCACUUUGAAUUUCAUGGUGUCAGAAAUGGGCUGGGACCAGAAGGUGUGGGAAGAUCCCAUGGCGUUCAAGCCAGAGAGAUUCUUGAGAGGUAGUGAUGGAGGAGGAGGGGAAGUGUUUGAUAUAACGGGAAGCAGGGAGAUUAAGAUGAUGCCGUUUGGGGCUGGGAGGAGGAUCUGUCCUGGCCUUGGUUUGGCAAUGCUUCAUUUGGAGUACUUUGUUGCCAAUUUAGUACGGAAUUUUCAGUGGAAGGCUGUGAAUGGUGAUGAUGUUGAUUUGUCAGAGAAGCAGGAGUUCACUAUGGUGAUGAAGGAUCCACUGAAGGCCAAUCUAUUUCCCAGAUUGUGAAUGGUUAGCUUUAAUUUUCUUAUGUUAAAAACGUGAAGACUUGAAUCUGUAGUUAAGAUAUCAAUGUUGGCCCUUUCUCUGCUAUUUACUGGAUGGAUGCCCCUGUAUCUCUAUGGUCCACUGUUUGUAUGUAAAGGCAACAAUUUGUUGGUUUAUUUCUCCAUUAACAUUGCUACGUGAGUGAGAUAAGUAAAAUUCGGAGGUGCAAUUUUGAUCUAUGUGAGAUCAAGAUUGCAAACUGUUGAGACUUA